AAUUCAUUUUACCAUUGUUACGUAUCACAAUCUUCUUAUUGGUAAAAAGAUAUGUUUACAUUUUCUUAUUUGGGGAGUUAUUACUUAGAAUAUGAAGGACAAAGCAAUGGGUAAGUGGCGGGAGAAGAAAGAAAAGAGCCAAAUUAUGAAGAAUUGAGAACAGUAGGACUUAACAGAGCAGUUGGGCAUAUAAGUACUGAGUGAGGAGGAGGAAUAUAGGAUGAAAAUCUGGAUUCUAACAUUGGUUACUUGGGUACAUGGGGCUGGUAAUCAAAGUGAGGAAUACAGAAAAAGGAACAGGUUUCUAAGGGAAAGGUUAUAAAUUCACCAUAUUAAAAAUACCUGUUGUAUAUCCACAUAUACAGGCGAUGGGAGCAGAGACCUAAGGACAGAGAGAAAGAGAGAGAGAGAGAGAGAGAACGAUGCCAGGAGAAUGAGGAAAGCAAAUGUGCAACUCAGAGGAGGUUUCAAAAACCUUUAACAAACAAGUAACUCAUGUUGUGUUCAAAGACGGAUACCAGAGCACCUGGAACAAAGCUCAGCAGAGAAGGGUAAAGCUUGUUUCAGUGCUCUGGGUUGAAAAAUGCAGGACAGCUGGAGUACAUGUUGAUGAAUCAUUAUUCCCUGCAGCUAAUUCUCAAGAACACUUACCAAGUCUAAUUAAAAAAAAACGUAAAUGUAUGCAACCAAAAGAUUUUAUUUUGAAGACACCAGAAAAUGAUAAAAGAUUUCAGAAGAGAUUUGAGAAAAUGGCUGAAGAGCUACAAAGGCAAAAAACAACUCUAGAUUAUGAUGUACCUAUUCUCUUAUUUGAAUCUGAUGGUUCUUUGACAUAUAGUCCCACAAGCCAAGUUAACAGUAGUCACCACAGUGUAAUGGAGAAGAGACUACAAGAGAUGAAGGAGAAAAGGGAAAAUCUUUCCCCUACCUCUUCCCAAAUGAUCACACAGUCUUAUGAUAAUCCAGGUAACUCUCUAUGUGAAGAAGCAUCUUUGAACAUUUCACGUUAUACUUUGUGUUCAGAUGAAUCCUUUGCUGGUGAUUCACACUCAUCUUUUGAUGAUCUUUGUGGAAAUUCAGGAUGUGGAAAUCAAGAAAGGAAAUUAGGAGGAUCCAUUAAUGAAAUUAAAAGUGAUAUGUGUGUUUCUUCACCUGUUUUGAAAGCAGAUAGUAUUCAUUCAUCAGCAUCUUCCAGUUACCUCAGCCGUUUAAGUCCUCAGAAAUUCAUGAGUAAUCUUUCAAAGCAAGAAAGAAAUUGGCGAAGAGAUACUAUAGGUGAAAUAGUCACCCCUGACAAAAAACAGGCUGAAGGUCUAUCUAAAGAGUGGUUGUAUGAGAAAUACCGUUUGUCUCCUACAUUAUCUUCAAAGAAAGGCCUCCUUUUGGUGCAUUCAGUAUCGAAGGGUUCCACAGUGAAGAGAAAAAGGACACCAGAGGACUUACAUUCACCUCCAAAAGAAAACCUAAAAAAGAGAUGCAGCCGGAGAUCUAUCAUGCCAAGGCUGCAGCUGUUUAAGUUAGAAAACAGCCUGCAGUUCAUGACCAGAUCUGCUGCUGAAACUCUGGAUUGCGGAGAGUCCUCAUAUGAUGAUUAUUUUUCACCUGAUAAUCUUAAGGAAAGGAAUUCAGAGAAUCUUCCUCAAUCUCAGCCAUCAUCCAGCCCUGCUCAUUUCAGCUGCAGAAGUCUUUCCAAAAGGGAGAGAACAAGCAUAUUAGAAAUGUCUGAUUUUUCUUGUCUUGGUAAAAAACUCAGAUCAGUCAGCAUUUCCAAUUUAAUAACAAAACCCAGCUCCAGUCUACAGAAAACUGGAAAUGGUGAAGUCUGCACAACUUUGAAUUUUAUGACAUCUGAGGGAACUUUUGCCACUGCAGAAACUCCAGAGUGUUAUAGACAGGCUGGGCCUCUGCAGGGAGAGGAGACAUGCCCAGAUGUAAACAGCUUUUCCUGCACCAUUGAUGACCUUGCUCAUCCAGAAGGACCUCAUGGAGAUUUUACUCCUUUGAAAGGAGGCAGUAAAGAAACGAAAGAAAUGGUUGGUAUAAAAGGUACACAGAAAGAAGGUACCACUUCCAAAAUGCUGAACUCCUCUGAAGGCGAAGCACAAAGUGAUUAUAGGCUAAAUUUUGUAGAUGACUUUAAUGUGGAAAAAUCUACAGAAGAAAAGGAAAACUUAUCCAGAGGAUAUAGUGAAAAUGUUAACAGUGGCCCAGCAAGGCAUGAUGUUUUACAUGGCUCAUGUGAAGGCUUGAAGGGCCUCAUCAGACCUCAUGAGGAAUCAAAGAAAAAUGGGAAAGGCAAAAAGCCAACAAGAACAUUAGUCAUGACAAGCAUGUCAUCUGAAAAGCAGAAUGUCGUCAUCCAGGUUGUGAAUAAAUUUGAAGGCUUCUCACUCGCUCCGGAAGUCUGUGAGACGACCACGCACGUGCUCUGCGGGGAGCCCAUCCGCACCCUGAAUGUGCUGCUGGGAAUCACACGCGGCUGCUGGGUUCUCUCUUAUGAAUGGGUGCUGUGGUCUUUGGAAUCGGGUCACUGGAUAUCUGAGGAGCCAUUUGAACUUUCUACCUACUUCCCUGCAGCUCCUAUAAGCAAGCAAUGCAAGAGAUACAGAGACAAUUCAAGAAAUGCUGCAGGCUGCAGGUGGAAGCUGUGCCUCCAGACACCUGCAGCUCCUUUGACAGCUGCAGGCUCCUCCCAGGUGUGUGCCGACGUGAGCGCCUUUUGUGUGCAGGGCAGUACCAGGGAACCCUCUUCGCCGACCAGCCAAUGCUGUUCAUCUCGCCGGCCAGCAGCCCACCCAGGGCCAAGCUGCAUGAGCUGGUCCACCUGUGCGGAGGCCGGAUCAGCGGGGCCGCCCGCCAGGCCAGCAUCUUCAUUGGGCCCCACUGCGGAAAGAAGAAAGCAACUCUCAAGUAUUUGUCAGAAAAGUGGAUCUUAGAUUCCAUCACUCAGCACAAGGUCUGCUCCCUUGAAGACUACCUAUUGCUGCAGUGACGGAGACAUCAUCGGACCGUGGCGACUGCAGGCAGCUCGCCAAGCUGCCUUUGGACUUUCAAAUGAAAAACAGCACUGUGAAGGGAAGGAGCUGACUUAUUAAAGAUGACUGUAGAUAUCAUCAC